AUGGCGACAGCUGACGCAGGAGAACAGGAGUACGAUAGUGAUCCCGAGGAGCUGGAGCGUUCCUUGGCGACUCGGAGGAGAGAAGCUAGUGAUGACGAAGAGGGCGAUGAGGAUGGUGAAGGGGUUAAGAAUCGUAAGGCUGAGAUCGAUUCCGAUUCUGAACAAUCUGAUGAAGAGGUUGGUGUUGUUAAGUAUGAUGAUGACGAAAACAAGAGUGGGGAUGGAGAGGAGAGUUAUGAGGACGAGGAGGAAGGUGAUGAGUAUUUGGAGCAGGAAGGAGUUGAUGAUGGUGACAAGAGGAGUAAGGUAGCGGAAGAUGCGGCGGGUGGGGAGGAAGAGAAGGAGAAGCAAUCGGCUGCAGUGCCUACAGGUGGAGCUUUUUAUAUGCAUGAUGAUAGGUUUCAGGAACUCUCUGCUGGCCGAAGCAGGCGAAUGCGUGGUGGAAGGAAACCGUGGGGAACUGGAGAUGAAAGGAAAUGGGGACAUGACAAAUAUGAAGAGGUUAAUAGUACUCAGGAACAACAUUUUGAUCAGAAGGCUUCAAGAGGCCGAGGUCGCGGUCGAGGUAGGGGGCAUGGGCGUGGAUACUCUAGAGGGAGAAGCUCUAACGCAUCAUCCAGCAGUGGCCAGCAAAUUUUUGUUCCUAAAGCUGCCUCACGAUGGGGCGAGCGCGGAAAUGAUGAGACUCCCCUUGGCAAAGGCAAUCAAGCGCAUUCCGUGCAGAGCAAACAGUUAAGGAAUUCUCGUCGGUCACAGCAUUGGCAUGAGAAAGUUUCACACAACGAUUCACAGCGUUCACCAUCUGCACCUACUAAAACUGGGAAUGAAGAUGCCCAUACCAAAAAGAACCUAGCUGCUUCAAGUCUUAGCUCUGCGUCUCCUCCUUUUUAUCCUUCAGUGUCCUCGAGUAAUAUGUCACAUGGUAUACAAGUUGGUAUGGAAAAACUCCACACGAAUGAAAGUGCCACUUCCUUUGGGAAGAAGUAUAGGAAUACAAAAUCCGUUUAUCUUCCUGUUAAUACUGCCCGGAAUGCUCAGUCCACCAGUCAAGGUAGAGGUGCUCCUGCUACUGGAAACGUGUUUUACCCCCAAUCUCAUAGUAAAGGUGACAACAUGCAACUCAAUGGAAAUUCAAAAGGCACUGGACAAAGCUAUACUAGAUCAUCCGGGCAGAGUUUUGAUCAGCACGCUGCUGGAAACAGAUCAUUGUCUUCCUCUACCCCAAAAACUAGCUCAUCAACAAAUCGUUAUCCUCCUGUUGAAAUAGAAUCUGCGUCGGAAACAGGUGCUUCGUUUGGUAAGGGUAAAGGGACUCUCCACCCUAGCGGCUCUUUGAUGUACAGUGGAUCUCAUGCGAUGGGGCGUGCAGAAAGUCUGGCAUCUGGUGACAAUUCUAAUUUCCCAGCUUUUCUGCCUGUUAUGCAAUUCGGUGGUCAACAUGGUGGGGUUCCAACUUUUGGAAUGGCUUUUCCAGGAUAUUACCAGCCUGAAAAUGGUGUUGGAAACCCGGAGAUGACUUGGAUGCCAGUUUUGACUGGUCCAGGAGCGUUAGGAGCUUCAUACAGUCCCCCAUAUGCGGCUAUUGAUGGUUCUUACCAAGCACACAAGCCAGGGUUACCUUCCUCUGCAGGAUCCUCCAGCAAAGAAACUAGCACGAAUAACCUUAAUGAUCUGGAGAAUCCCAUGGAGAGUCCUGAGGUCACAGAGAGUGGGGUUUCAAAAGGGGAGAACAACAACCAAAGCAAGCAACCUCGUAGGUACUCGGAGAUGAGCUUUAGCAAGUGAUUACAUUUAUGUAAACUAGGGAGAUGGGUUUAGGGACUCCUUGGCGCAGGGCCCUGACGCUUCUCCAAGCUUCUUUACAUCUCACUUUGGCCGCAAUUGUUCCUGAAUAUCUUAGGGAAGUCGUUGUCUCAAAGCCUUGGUCAGCCUGUUUGGUGUUUCUUCUUUCCAUUUUUUUCCUAUGUAUGUUUCUUAUAUAAGGUUGAUGACUUUCUUCUGGUUUGUUAAUGUGUUUACUUUUCCGUAGAACGCAGUUUUUAAACAGACUAUGUUAUGAAAAAAGAAAUGGUUAAUGGUUGAGACAUGUGUGAAUGAAUGCCAGCUACAUUUCAGGAAUCUUUACAGCAAUUCUCUUUUUUCUACAUGGUGUUUUAACGUUGGCACUGUUAUCUUUUAUGGCCUGUGUUGGUGAUCCAUGUCCGCCUCAUAUUGUUCAGGCCUGGAAAUAAGCCAGAUUAAUUUCUCGUAAAAGGAUAAAAAAUAGUUCCACAAACUCAGAAACAGAAAAAGGGAAAAAUGUAGGAAAAUUUUGCAACACAACAGUUCUAAAGUGAAUCAUACAAUGUAAUGAGAACAGAACCACCCAAUCCCGAGAAGAAACCCAAUAAAGCAAAUGAGAUGAGAGUAUACUCUGCUUCACAAGAAGCUUUAUUUUGUUAGCCUUAUCAACCCCACUUAUCAGAUCAUGCACAAACCGAUGACGGUUGAUGGUACAGCCCAGCUGCAUUGUUGGUAAGUCGCUUCUUCCUCUUCUUCGCCACAAUCACAAACCCUUCACCUUCGUCCGUCUCACUUUCCUUCACUCCAUUGUCCUCCUCUCUUCUGUAAACUAUCUCUGUUACUUUACUAUCCUUUGCAGAGGUAUCUUGUAACUCAUCUUUAGGCUUGUUUCCCUUCUUCUUAGCAGCUACAGCCUCCUUUUGAGAUGAGUUUACCAUGAAGCUAAGUAGGAUCUGCCUCGCCAGCUCUUCCUUCUUCAACACAGCUGCGUUUUUCUCAGCUUCUAGGCUAC